GCUUACAAGGCUGCUCUGUCUAAUAUACAGAGGACAAGAGAAAAAAAAAAAAAGAAAAAAAAAAUUGUGAUUUGGUAAACAAAAUCAAAUUUUGGUUUCUUUGUGAGAACUUAACUUAGGGUUUAUAAAGUUCCAAGCUUUAUCCAUGGCGUAAGAUGAUUCACCUUCUCAAAGUUUGAUCCUUUUUUCAUAUCUGAUCAAAGGAGAGUUUUGGGUUUGAUUUCUAAUUGUUAAAGUUUUAAUCUUUUUAUUUGGGUUUGUGUUCGAUUAUGUGGAUGGCUACUCAAUCAAAUUCUGGGUUCGAUUCUUUGAGUUCUAUGAUGAGUCGUCACGCUAUUAAUUUCCAAUCUAACACUUCUUCGGAGAUGACUCCAAUGAGUCCGUACUUGGGGAUGAAUAUGAAUAUGAUCAAUGUUGGUUCUCCUGGUUUUCUUCAAACCGGGAAUUCUUCGAAUGGUUCCGAUUCGGGUUCUGGUCUAAAGCUUGAUACUUCCAUGGUUAGUGAAUGGUCAAAUGAAGAACAAUACAUAUUGGAUGCUGGUCUUGAAAAAUAUAAGGAUAUGCCAAGUAUUGAUAUGUAUAUUCAAAUUGGAAACACUUUACCUGAUAAAAGUAUUCGAGAUAUUGCUUUGCGGUGUAGGUGGCUGAGGAGAAAGAGAAGAAAAUCAGAAGAAUUAAACUGUGGAAGAAGAGCAAGUUCUAGCAAGGGCAAGCAGGUGGAAUCGUCGUCUAAGUCAAGCAUUCCCUCUGUUUUGCCUCAUAACAUGGCUUCAUAUCCUUUCUCAGGGCCAUCUACAAGCACCAGUAAACAAAUUACGUCUGAAGAUUUAAGUAGCUAUGCAACAAAUCUUAUAGAACAGAAUGUACGAGCUUUUAGUCAAAUUAGAGCUAAUCUCUCCUCAUAUAAGGCAGGGGAUAACCUAGAUCUCUUUCGUCAGGCAAGGAACAACCUUAUCACCAUCCAAAAUGAGAUAAAUAAUAUGCCUGGAUUGAUGAACAAGAUGCCACCAUUGCCAGUCACAAUCAAUGAUGAUCUCUCGGUGAUGAUGCCAUUCAAUACGAUGCAAAGUGGCGGCUUCCAUAGGAAGUAGAAGUCUUAGGAAAUCAUCUGGUUUCCCUUAGUUACCUGUAAAUUAUCCUAAAGAAGCUGGAGGAGGUAAAAAAAAGCUCAUCAAAUGUUGGGAAGUUUGUAGAAAUGUGAUUCUUUCGUAACACCAACGAUCUUUAUUGCUGCGCGGGAUGUUGAAACAAGACAUAAUAUAACGAAUGUAGGGGUUCUUGGUCCUGGCUCCUAACUAAAAAACCUUCUUAACAAGUUCUAUUAGAUAAACUUAGUUCAAUUAGUGUCUUGGAGAAUUUCUAAGCGAUCGAUGUGUAUAAAAAAAGAUUCUAUUGAAGAGCGUGUUGAGAUUUGCAUCUUUAAUCUUUUGAUCUUUUGGUGUGUUGUUUUGGUACCCAUUUUUUCUUAGCAUUAAUCAAUCUUUAUUUUUCAUAAGCCAAC